CCCAAACAUUCCAAUCAUUGCGUUCAUCAUUAAUCCUAUGUAUCUGAAAGGAUGCUUGUCGGAAAAUAAUAAUUUGAUCGCCCAAACAUCAAGACAAAUGAUAUCGGAUGAUCCUUUCAGGCCACGCCGGACCACUUUAAAGCGAUCUUGGAUCACUGUGGGACCGUUUCCUCGCUCGCUUUGGAUCCAUCCAGGUGCACCGGAGGAUGACUUUGACCGAGUCUGUGCCAAAAUAUGGAGAGACUCGAAGAAAGCUGAAUUUGGAAUAUGGCCACACAUGGAGAAGGACAGUAUGGUCCCAGCUCACAAACACCCACCGGAUCGGGAGGGCCGCGCAGAAGAAGAACCGGUCCCCCCUGUGAGGCCUCAAAACAUCCACUGCGAAGUCCGAGCCAAUAAGUGUCCUGAUACACGGAGAAAACAUAUGCUUAUCAAAAUCACGGAUCCAAGGCUGGAUGAGAUCUCUCUGAUGGUAGAGAGGGAGUUCCAGACUCUGACAUCACAGGCAGAGAAAGAACGACGUGACCUCUCCGGUUCCGCUCAGCUCCGUGUCCGUGGUGACCACUGUUCCCAUGGCGAUGACCCCAUAUGGGAGACACAAGUGGAGAAGAAGCGGAAAGAGGAGGAGAAGGAGGAGGAAAAGGUGAACACAGAGGAGGAGCAGAGAAGGUCCAUUGAGAGGUACCUCAGGGACCUCCUGAUCCCAGGACAGGAGGGUAGAGAGGAGGACAGGUCCAUCAUGGUGGAACAGUACAAGUCUGAGGUGGAACCGCUCAACCUACCUAACCCCUACCUGUUGAACCCCAUCCUGAUGAUCCCCAACCUCGGUGCUAACCUCUCCCCCCAGGUUCCCAACUUGCUCCCCGACCUCUCAACACUGCUCCCCGACCUGGCCCCCAACCUCGCCCCCAGCUAUGAUGACUUCCCCCCUCUGCCGAGCGCCGCCUCUCCGUGGCAAGCUGACAGGCUGUGCCAGGGCUCCCCGCCUGCCAACCUCCCCGCGCCUCUCAUCCCCAUCCCUGGCCCCUUUAACCUUCUGGGCAAAGUGCCUGCCUCUACCAAGGCCUCAGCUCCAGCCCCAACUCCUGUCCCAGUCCCAACUCCAGCCAAGGUCCCAGCCGCCAGGAUUACAGCCCCAGCCAAGGUCCCAGCAAUGAGGAGUACGGCCCAAGCCACAGCCCCUUCUCCAGCCCCAGCCAAGGUCCCAGCCGCCAGGAGUACGGUCCCAAAUAAGUCCCCAACUCCAUCACCACCAACACCCCAGCAGGAGCUUUAUGACCUGAUGGCUGACUUCCCAGCCCUCCAGCCCCAGGGGAAAGCACCUCCAAUGGGCUUGCAGCAGCCUGCCAAUGCCCCGUGCCGGGUUCCAACCAGCAAUGUGGAGAUGCUCCUCCUGGACCUGCCCUACAGCGCCCUGUUCAAGGCCCAGGAAGGUGACCGGGAGCUGGGCGGAGAGGAAAUUAAAAAAGGGACCAAGGGGCCCAAGAAGAUGGAGGCAGAACCUGAGGAGGAACCUCAGGACGUUCCCAUUGUUACUGAUGAUGUCGACCAGUGGCCAGAGAUCACCACUGCCAAGCAGACUGCAUUCACCCAAGACACUCAGCAGGUCACAGCAGGUACAGAUGGUGCCAGCGCGUGGGUUGGCAGUGCCAAGGAGAGCGUGAGGAGAGCAGCUGCCCCCCCCCUCCAGAAAGCCAGGCCCCUCCGCAGCCAUCGGGAGGGCCCAGAGAGGAGGCAGACGCCACCGCCCUUGGUCCCUACCGCCCCCGCCGCCCCCGCUGCAGCCCCCAGCCUUGCUGACAUCGCCGCAGCUUUCGCCGUCAACACUGCCGCCAAUGACCUGCCUAAGGAGAGCAAGGCCGCCCCCCGCCAGCAGGCCCCUCCCCCUAACCGCCAGGGCCUCCCACCGACCAACCAACGGGGAUCUCAUCGGUAUGCUGGGUCCCGCCCUCAGAAUGCCCAUCGGCCUGGCUUCACCCGCCCACCCCAGGGCUACGACGUGAGGACCUCCGAGAUGACACCUAGAACGGCCCUUGAACCUGGCUGCAUGUCUGGGGACGGACACCCACAGAAGACCUUACCUCACUUAUACAGCGAGAGUUUUGUGGCGCGAGUGACUGCAGUGGGCUUGGGAAGCCGGUGUCCGGUAAACGCACUACCGGGAUUCACCCAGGCGGACCGAGGCCCCAGACGAAACAUCUUCUAACCCUUAACCCAAUGAGAAGCCAGCCAUUUUAAAUAAUUUUGGUUUAUGUUUAUUUUUGCUUUAUAGAUUUGUUUAAUUAGUACAUUAUUUAGUUUUAGCUUUGUAAUAAAUACUUGUUUUAUGCAAACUUUA